AUGGAUCCUAAUAAUGAAUACUACAAUCGGUGGCUUGCCGGCCAGCAAUCAAGCAAUAGGCGCUUCUUGCCCGUCGCUGGGACAUUUACAGAUGGCCAGCCAAAUUCGGCUAGACCACCGCCGUUCAGCAACAGACAUGUAUAUCCAGGACACCUUCCGCAUAGCCAGCAGUUUGUUCAGCCCAGCCAAUUGUUCCAGCAGCCUCAACCGCGUCCAAGUCAUAUUCCCCAACCGCCAUUGAUUCCUCUCAGCGCGGUGGAGGAGCUACAAUCGCCCAACAAUCCCCUCACUACAGGUGGCUUCCAAGAUCCUUUCAAUCGUGCAUAUGCAACAGAGGGCCCCGCAGUCUUUGAAGGUUUCAUCCCAGCACCUGGGCACGAGGAUGACGAGGAAUACACUAAUCUUACCAAUGGCGAGCGGGACCAACUCCGUUCAGACCGAGGUUUUGAGAGCUCAGACGAAGAGGAUGAGAUGGACCGUAUGCUUCGCGAGGCCGAGGAGGAGGAAGAGCUCCGCAGAAUCGAAGAAAGAGACGAUUCAGAAGUCGACGCUGACUAUUCAUCCGAGGAUGCACAGCAUGAUGAAGGCGACCCAGAGGAAAUGGAACUUCUUGAAGAAUUCGAAGACGAAGAAGAACGCGUCACGUACAAGAAGAACAAAACUGCAAACCGAGGCAUGUCAAGUACCAGAGGCCAGACAAGCACUAGGGGAACCUCCAGCGCCCUAGGCAUACGUGGCCGCAAACGAGGGAGGCCCCCAGGUCGAGGUAGAGGCGGAUAUCAUGGCUCUGCUUCGACUCGUGGAAGAAGAAGCGGGAAACGUGGCAGGCCGUCAGGCCCACGAGGACCUCGCCGUGUGGCUGACCCUGGUCAGGAGUUCAAAGAACUACAGAAGCAGGCAAACGAGAGAUUCAUUGCAAAGGACUACGAAGCGGCACUAGGCUACGCACAGAAAGCAAUCCAGCUCAACCCGGAAAUCUUUGACGCCUACAAUAUUGCUUCGGAGAUAUAUGCCGCCAUGGGUGAAGAGGAGAGUUCUAUUGCAGCCUUGAUUGCCGGCGCACCAACCAAGCGUGAUGCUGGGUUAUGGCAGUUCAUUAUCGAACGGAUUAACAAACUAGAUCCUGAACAUUAUCCUGGCUACAGUGAAACGGCCAAGAGUACGGCAAUCCUGGCAUGCCUGAACCAAAUCAUCCUUCUAAAUGACAACUAUGAAGCACGCAGUCAUAAGCUUGAAAUUGAAGCACAAUUGGGACAUGCAUCCCGAUGCAUGGUGCUUGGUCUCAAGAUGCUGAAAACGCGGAAAGAGCAGGGUGAAGAUCCUGAUGUAGAAGUUUUGAAGAUCAUGGCCAUGAUGGGCACGUCGUCUCCUCGACAAACGAGAAUGCAUCUCCACAAGCUCAUAACAAGUUUCGAGGAGGCCAUCAAGAUCUUCACUGAUGUCAGCCGGGAUGUAGAAGAUAACGAACUAGACUGGGAAAUGAUCAAUAUUUACCUGGACCUCCUAGACAGAAAAGGUGAUUGUAGCAAAGGUAUAGAACAACUGAGGAAACUAGCCCGAUGGAAACAGGGAAGGCGGGAAGAAACGUACUGGGACGAUCAAAAGGACGACCGCGAGUUUGACGUCGAAGAUGAACCACGACGAGUUGCUGUACCCCAGUUCCAGCGCAAGUCGCAGGAUGCCAAAUAUGGCCAGACGCUACCGCUUGAGAUUAGGACCAAACUGGGUAUAUUUCGAUUGCGUCACAGUCCUGAUGACUUUGCAGAGGCUAUGCGCCAUUUGGAAAUGCUUGAACCUGACCAGCAUGGUCCAGAAGCUCUAGUAUGGGACUACGAAGAUCUCUUUCGUAUCAUCGCGGAUGCCCUGCAUGCGACGGGUCACGAUAACAAUGCUCUGCGCUUCUACACUCCACUAUACGCCAAAAAGUCGUCGGAACUUAGCUUGAUGAGCUACAUUGGCCUCCACACUUGCUUCAAGAACCAAGGGCAGGACGAAAAGGCAGCUGAGAUCAUUCCGAUUUUACAAAAGUGGCCCGCUGAGACGUAUGACGAACUUGCCGUUCUAGCCAAGUUUUUCGAGGACCAGGGGCUGUGGCAAGACGCCAUGCAGCGUGCGGAAACUAUCUAUCGCGACAAGUAUGGUCACAAGCUUAGGAGACUUGGCUUCAAAGCUUACGAUGAGCUAAGAGUUUACUACUACAAUCAGAGAAGACAGGCUCGGGGUCACUAUGGGUCCAAGAAGAGGACAGUAAGAAGAAACCGUAAAAUGAUGAAGAAGGCUACAGCCCAAGAGGACGAUGCAGACUCUGCACUUGAGGCUGGAGACAAGGAACGUCCGUCACUCGGCCCAUUGACCGAACGUCCUAAGACAGGGCUCUUCCGAAUCAAGAGGCCGAAGCCUCUCAAGACACAGACUUUUCUGCCUGUCGAAGCCAUCACUGAACCAGACCCUGAGACAGAACCAAAACGUGCCACAUUGGAGGGCACAGACGUUCCGUUACGUUCCAUUGAUCAUAGGUUUUUUCGCAGGAAACUCGAAAGACUUGCUGCAGACUUCGCCGACGAUCUCACUGCGGCUCGGAAUCAGCACCGAGAGAUUCUGUCUAGUUUUGAACGCCUCGAAAAACUGGCCGAAGCUGCAGAAGACGGUGAUGAAGAGGCGGUGAAUGAAAGCAUAUCCAUCACUCGCGAGCUCAUUGAAGAAUUUUCGACCUUUGACCUCUUCUAUUUCAACAGGAAGGAAGAUUUCACAACCUACUUCCGCCGUGUUGGCAGCGGUGACAUUUGGAAAGAGUCCGCUCUCAUGGUCCUCGCCGUUGUAGCAAAUAACGUCGAAGAUGGCGAGACAGACCCAGAACUGAAAGAAAAGCCCGACACACCACCCCAAGAGUUCUGGGGUAUCCACUUUGACCGCUGGUGUGAUGCCUUUGGUCGCUACGCCCUCUUACUCGCACGUCAAGGCGACGACGAGCAAUGCUUUGCCGCACUCGACAUCGUCAUCCAAGCCAACGUCUUCCACCGCUGCCAAAAAUACCACCAACAACUCCAACUCACCCGUCUCGCCUGCGCGCUCGCCGCCGACCACUCCAAGCAAGCCUCGACAGCCGUCCGCUGGCUCCUCAAAGAACACCCCUUUGGCACCGACCUCCUCCGCCUCUACAGCGCCGCCAACCGCCUCUGCUCCUUCCCCGAAGGCUUCGCCACCGGCCCCGCCCACAAGGCCUUUAUGCGCUACGUCAAAACCAUGGACUACGCCAGUCUCACGCCCGAAGCACGCAUCUGGUACAAUUUCCGCAACACGGAGCAAAGCACAGGCGGCUUCCACAACGGCAUCAACAUUGAAGACGUCGACCACGUCCACGGCCUCGACCCCGUCCUCCUCGCCCUCUACGCCCACAUCCUCAUGUGCGGCGGCUCCUACAUGGCCGCUCUAAACUACUACUUUCGCGCCUACGCCCUCUCCCCAGAGGAUCCAAUGAUCCAUCUCGCCAUCGGCACCGCAUACAUCCAACACGCAAUGAAACGACUCUCCGAAAACAGACAGUUUCAAAUUCAACAAGGUCUCGCCUUUGUCUACCGCUACUACGAAUUACGUACCCGUGACGACGUCGCCGUGCUGCGCCAGGAGGCAGAGUUCAACGUCGCCCGUGUCUGGCAUGCGCUUGGGCUGGUGGCGUUGGCGCUGCCGGCGUAUGAGCGCUGUGUGGAGUUGAGUGCGAGGGUGAGGGAGGAGGCGGGGACGGCGGGCGCGGGUGCGGAGGAUUUUGCAAAGGAGGCGGCGUUUGCGAUGCAGAGUAUAUAUGCGAUUGGGGGGGAUGUGGAGGCGGCGAGGAAGAUUACGGAGGAGGUUUUGGUUGUUGAGUGA